GCCAUGGAGACCAUCCUGGAGCAGCAGCGCCGCUACCAUGAGGAGCGCGAGCGGCUGAUGGACGUCAUGGUGAAGGAGAUGCUGACGCGCAAGUCCACGUUGCGUGACCAGAUCAACUCCGAUCACCGCACCAGAGCGAUGCAGGAUCGCUACAUGGAGGUGAGCGGCAACUUGAGAGACUUGUAUGACGACAAGGAUGGGUUGCGGAAGGAGGAGCUCAGCGCCAUUUCGGGGCCCAACGAAUUUGCAGAGUUUUACAACCGCCUGAAGCAGAUCAAGGAGUUUCACCGGAAGCACCCCAACGAGAUCUGUGUUCCAAUGUCGGUGGAAUUUGAGGAGCUCUUAAAAGCACGAGAGAACCCUAGCGAAGAGGCUCAGAAUCUGGUAGAGUUCACUGAUGAAGAAGGAUAUGGCCGCUACUUGGAUCUCCAUGAUUGUUACCUUAAGUACAUUAACCUCAAGUCCUCAGAGAAAUUGGACUAUAUCACAUACCUGUCAACUUUUGACCAGCUCUUUGACAUUUCCAAAGAGAGGAAAAACGCAGAGUACAGGAGGUACCUGGAGAUGCUCCUGGAGUACCUGCAGGAUUACACAGACCGGGUCAAGCCACUGUUAGAUCAGAACGAGCUCUUUGGCAAGAUCCAGGCUGAGUUUGAAAAGAAGUGGGAGAACGGUACAUUCCCCGGCUGGCCGAAAGAGACCAGCAGCGCUCUCACUCACGCUGGCGCCCACCUGGACCUCUCGGCCUUCUCUUCCUGGGAGGAGUUGGCCUCCCUAGGACUGGACAGGCUGAAAUCUGCACUUCUGGCUUUGGGACUCAAAUGUGGUGGGACACUAGAAGAGCGUGCUCAGAGGCUGUUCAGCACCAAGGGCAAGUCCCUGGAGGCCCUUGACUCUUCCCUGUUUGCUAAGAACCCAAAGACAAAAGGCAGCAAGCGGGACACUGAGAGGAACAAGGACUUGGCUUUCCUGGAGGCUCAGAUCUACGAAUACGUUGAAAUCCUUGGGGAGCAACGUCAGCUGACACAUGAGAAUGUGCAGCGCAAGCAGGCACGGACGGGUGAGGAGCGUGAGGAAGAAGAGGAGGAGCAGAUCAGUGAGAGCGAGAGCGAGGAUGAAGACAACGAGAUCAUAUACAAUCCCAAGAACUUGCCCCUGGGCUGGGAUGGCAAGCCCAUCCCCUACUGGCUCUACAAGCUCCACGGCCUGAACAUAAAUUACAACUGCGAGAUCUGUGGCAAUUACACAUAUCGGGGGCCCAAAGCAUUCCAGCGACACUUUGCGGAGUGGCGCCAUGCCCACGGAAUGCGAUGCCUGGGCAUCCCCAACACAGCUCACUUUGCAAAUGUCACACAGAUCGAAGAUGCCGUUUCACUGUGGUCAAAGCUAAAGCAACAGAAGGCUUCAGAGAGGUGGCAACCAGACACAGAGGAGGAGUAUGAGGAUUCCAGUGGGAACGUGGUCAACAAAAAGACCUACGAAGAUUUGAAACGCCAGGGCCUGCUGUGAUGGAAGCGGACACUGGCCCAGUGAAC